AUGGCGCCGCUGAGCGUGGCCAUGCGGACCCUGUCUUGAAACCGAUGUGCGAUGUGGGCAGAGCCUAGGUGCGCCGAGGACUGAGAGCUUCGCGUGGGUGUGUUCUCGCCGCCUAGUUUAGUGUUGAAACGAUUAGGCAUGCGAAUGUAAACUAGUUCGUUGCUGCUACCGCUCAUCCUCAAGCCAGCGUUUUAUGAGCAAGUGUCCGCGUUCACCGGGCAUCAUGUACGACCCUGAGCGCAGCCGCGCCGUGUGGCAGGAGCCCCCCGGUGGCACCAACGGCACUAUGGCUGAAGACAUGCGCUGCCUUGUGGAGCAGUACGCAAACUUCACCGUGCGCGAACUCAACCUGACGAUUGACGGCAUGUCUACGCUACCCGAGAACAUCCUGGACAACAUGGUCAUUGCGCCCAUCUACGAGGCGUACCGCGAGGCUCAUGCCAGCUCUCUCAAGGAGCACACCAUCCACCACAUAGACGGGACGGCUUUCAACCAGGUCUUCUUCCUCUCCUUCGCACUGGGCCUUUGCGAGAACUUGGACAAGACGGCGAUCCGGGACAUGGUCCUGGAAGGAAGGAUCAGCCCCGCUAGAUUUCGGGUGAACGUGGCGUUGAUGAACUUCAACAAGUUCGGCAAGAUCUUUGGCUGCGCCCCAGGCACGCCCAUGAACCCGCUCCGCAAGUGCACCGUCUGGAUGAAGCAUGAGUGAACUGUGGCGCUUGUUGUGCAAGCAUAAAAAAAUAAGGAAAGAAUGGUGCCACCUGUCUUUCUGACUUUGCGUGUCCUUAUAAAAAUGCCUAUUAAAGUUAUUUCUAAU